GAUUGCUUUAUUGAGGUGCAGUAAAGGCCUAUAAUAAAUUGUAUAUUGUGCUUUCAUUCUACUAAGAGCGCCCCCUAUUGUCCACACAUAAAAAUAACUCCUCCCCCGGGGGUGGGGGGCGGAGUCCAGAAAAUCCCUCAUCAAAAACCGCUGCAACAUCUGCUGUAAGAAAGGUAGAGCGAUGUAGGGGCCGGGGCCACAGGGUUAUGUAGGGGCCGGGGCCACGGGGUGAUGUAGGGGCCGGGGCCACUGGGGGAUGUAGAGGCCGGGGCCACGGGGUUAUGUAGGGGCCGGGGCCACGGGGUUAUGUAGGGGCCGGGGCCAUGGGGUGAUGUAGGGGCCGGGGCCAUGGGGUGAUGUAGGGGCCGGGGCCAUGGGGUGAUGUAGGGGCCGGGGCCAUGGGGUGAUGUAGGGGCCGGGGCCACUGGGGGAUGUAGAGGCCGGGCCACGGGGUUAUGUAGGGGCCAGGGCCACGGGGUUAUGUAGGGGCCGGGGCCACUGGGGGAUGUAGAGGCCGGGCCAUGGGGUGAUGUAGGUGCCGGGGCCAUGGGGUGAUGUAGGGGCCGGGGCCACGGGGUGAUGUAGGGGCCGGGGCCACUGGGGGAUGUAGAGGCCGGGCCACGGGGUUAUGUAGGGGUCGGGGCCAUGGGGUGAUGUAGGGGCCGGGGCCACGGGGUUAUGUAGGGGUGACAGGCUCCACCCAUCUCCAGAUUUGCAGCGUCCAAUUUUUUUUCUUCUUAAAUUAAUCAAACAAGUGCAGAAAUACCUGAAGGAUUGCCCACCCCCUCCGGGCAUAAGCUCCGCCCCUGGUCAUGUGCUUCACCUCCAGGACGGGGGGAGGGGCAGGGGAGCUCAGGGCCACAAUGGAGGGGGUGAUUUAUUAUCGUUCUUGUGCUGAUUCACAUGAAAAUCUCAUCACUAAACAAGUUCUUCUGAAAAAGGUCACAUGACUUCUCUGCGCCGCCCCCGCUGGACAACAACACCGCGCUGUGCAGCCUCCGCGGGACAACAACACCGCGCUGUGCAGCCUCCGCGGGACAACAACACCGCACUGUGCAGCCUCCGCGGGACAACAACACCGCACUGUGCAGCCUCCGCGGGACAACAACACCGCACUGUGCAGCCUCCGCGGGACAACAACACCGCACUAAGCAGCCUCCGCGGGACAACAACACCGCACUGUGCAGCCUCCGCGGGACAACAACACCGCGCUGUGCAGCCUCCGCGGGACAACAACACCGCACUGUGCAGCCUCCGCGGGACAACAACACCGCACUGUGCAGCCUCCGCGGGACAACAACACUGCGCUGUGCAGCCUCCGCGGGACAACAACACCGCACUGUGCAGCCUCCGCGGGACAACAACACUGCGCUGUGCAGCCUCCGCGGGACAACAAGACCGCGCUGUGCAGCCUCCGCGGGACAACAAGACCGCGCUGUGCAGCCUCCGCGGGACAACAACACCGCGCUGUGCAGCCUCCGCGGGACAACAACACCGCGCUGUGCAGCCUCCGCGGGACAACAACACCGCGCUGUGCAUUACAUGGAAGAGAAAAGGAAGCGGCGCCCAAAGGGUAGAUACGUGCUGCAUGGACCCCAGGAGAUCGCUGGCCCCACAGGAGCUGAACCUUAUCAUACAGACUGCGCCAAACCACACAGGAUCCUGACAAACACAUGUAGCAGAGCUGAAGCUGUGGUGUUACAUAGGACUGCAGGUCACAUCUAUACAUUAUCUGUACUCAGAGAGUUAUCACUGUGUUAUCUGUGGUGUUACAUAGGACUGCAGGUCACAUCUAUACAUUAUCUGUACUCAGAGAGUUAUCACUGUGUUAUCUGUGGUGUUACAUAGGACUGCAGGUCACAUCUAUCCAUUAUCUGUACUCAGAGAGUUAUCACUGUUAUCUGUGGUGUUACAUAGGACUGCAGGUCACAUCUAUACAUUAUCUGUACUCAGAGAUAUCACUGUGUUAUCUGUGGUGUUACAUAGGACUGCAGGUCACAUCUACUACAUUAUCUGUACUCAGAGAGUUAUCACUGUUAUCUGUGGUGUUACAUAGGACUGCAGGUCACAUCUAUACAUUAUCUGUACUCAGAGAGUUAUCACUGUGUUAUCUGUGGUGUUACAUAGGACUGCAGGUCACAUCUACUACAUUAUCUGUACUCAGAGAGUUAUCACUGUGUUAUCUGUGGUGUUACAUAGGACUGCAGGUCACAUCUAUACAGUAUCUGUAGUCAGAGAGUUAUCACUGUGUUAUCUGUGGUGUUACAUAGGACUGCAGGUCACAUCUAUACAUUAUCUGUACUCAGAGAGUUAUCACUGUGUUAUCUGUGGUGUUACAUAGGACUGCAGGUCACAUCUAUACAUUAUCUGUACUCAGAGAGUUAUCACUGUUAUCUGUGGUGUUACAUAGGACUGCAGGUCACAUCUAUACAUUAUCUGUACUCAGAGAGUUAUCACUGUGUUAUCUGUGGUGUUACAUAGGACUGCAGGUCACAUCUAUACAUUAUCUGUACUCAGAGAGUUAUCACU